GCGGAGAGGGUGUCAACGUUCAUCGUGAAUCCUUGAGACGACAGGCUUUUUUUUUGCACUGCUUUCCAAAUUCGGAUUCAAAUACAGGGGCGUAUACUUGACGUCGCUUGACACUUACUGCGGUCAACCAAUUCAGGAUAUUCACCCCCAUGGGCCAUAACGCCUAUUUCGGCAAGAAAAGCACUCCAUGGUGGUACUAUAUCUAGCGCGAACGCAUCGUUACAUAUCAAGUUCGUUACUCACCUCAAAUAUGACCCUAGUCUCAGAUGAUCCCAGUUACUGGCCACUAAUCAAUUUGUAUCGGUUGUCCAGCUAUUUUGUAGUCGCCUCCUUUGCCGCGGUGGUAUACGAUUGGGCGCUGACAUUCGGAGAAGAGGUUGAACUGGUCUGGAGGCAACGCUGGUCACACGUGACGCUUCUAUAUCUCGGUGUGCGCCACGCUGCAAUACCAUAUGUCGCCUCCGUCAUGCUUAUAAGCCUUCCGUCGGUCUCGGUGACAGAUGCAGUGAGUCAUGUCAUGUACGUCACACUAAGUUGGACGAGUUUGGCGAUAACUACAAUGCUAAGCGUCAUUGUGACCAUUCGGUUACAUGUCAUGUACCGGCGAUCCAGAAGGAUGCUUAUCUUUCUCAUUGUGAUCUUCCUGCCUGUCACGAUGGCCUACGGGACACUUGUCGCAGUGAUAACCAGCAAUGUUUCAGGGGAGGAAUACAUCCUAUCCGGCACCUAUAUGUGUUAUUAUAACUAUGACGGAGCCCCCCUUCCGAUGUCCAUACCCUGGGCCCUCUACAUUGUUUGGGAGGUCAUCAUACUGUGCCUUGCAGUUUGGGUCGCUGUAAAACACUUCCGCGAAUGGCCAUUGGUUUGGACCACCGCGGACUCUUUCGCGGUGUUAAUAAGAGUACCCAUGGUUUACUUUCUAAUUUCGAUUGCCGUUUCUUCAUUGAGCAUCGGUUAUUUCUCUCCAGAUAUCUACGACUCAUCCUCUGCGGGCUCUCAGGUUUAUUAUGGUGUUUUCGAAAUUUUAUUUUUCGUGCAAAUGUUUGUGCUAGGGCCACACCUCAUCCUUAGCGUUCGAAAAUACUACGCUAAGCUCGUGGUCAAGUCUGAUGCGGGACCGUACUUGACUGCAAUGGCCUUCCAGGAGCACACGCAUGUAUCAACUAGCAGUACUAGUGGUGUGUAGCACGGGAAGUGCUUCAAGGGGUUAAUACUUGUCUGGAUGUCAUCUGCAGGGAGCACGAGUUUUUAUUAUUAUCGUGGUGCUGAUAUGGUGUUUCGAAGUAGAUUUGAAAAGCGAAGUGUCCACCCACACUUUUGAAAUCAUGAAGAAUAG